AUGCAAAGAACAACAAUGACAGCACUUAAAAACGAUACUUUUCUUCGCGCUUUGAUGCGCCAACCCACUGAUUACACUCCAGUGUGGAUGAUGCGCCAAGCGGGGCGUUAUUUACCAGAAUAUCGUGAAAGUCGCAAAACAGCGGGAAGUUUUUUGCAGCUGUGCAAAAAUGCGCAAUUUGCUACUGAUGUGACGCUGCAGCCGCUUGAUCGCUAUCCACUACUGGACGCGGCGAUUUUGUUUUCAGAUAUUCUCACCGUGCCCGAUGCAAUGGGACUGGGCUUGUAUUUUGAAGAGGGCGAGGGCCCAAAGUUUGAGCGUACUUUGCAGUUGGAAGCUGAUAUUCAAAAACUAACCGUGCCAGAUAUGGCCAAACUGCAAUAUGUGUUUGAUGCGGUGAGCAACAUCCGCAAAGCGCUCAAUGGCCGCGUGCCGCUGAUUGGUUUUUCAGGUAGCCCUUGGACGCUGGCAACCUACAUGGUAGAAGGCAAAGGUGGUACGGACUUUUUAAAUACAAAAAAAUUGGCUUAUGCACGGCCUGAAUUAUUGCACCAUAUUUUAGAAGUCACUGCGCAAACGGUGAUUCAAUAUCUCAAUGCGCAAAUUGCCGCAGGCGCACAAGCUGUGAUGAUUUUUGACUCCUGGGGUGGCGCGCUUUCGCACAAUGCUUACACUGAAUUUUCACUCAACUACAUGCAAAAAAUUGUGGCAGGCUUAACCAAAAAUGCCGAGGGCAAAAAAGUGCCAAGCAUUGUGUUCACUAAAGGUGGUGCUUUGUGGCUUGAAGCGCAAGCGGAAAUUGGCGCUGAUGCGCUAGGGCUAGAUUGGGCGGUGGACAUUGGUAGCGCGCGCAAACGCGUGGGUGAUAAAGUGGCGCUGCAAGGUAAUUUAGACCCCGCGAUUUUGCUAUCAACGCCAGAAGCGAUAGAAAAAGAAGUGGCGAGCGUGCUGGCAAGCUAUGGCAAAGGCAGUGGACAUGUAUUUAAUUUAGGCCAUGGUAUUACGCAAUGGACGCCACCAGAGAAUGCCGCCGCUAUGCUAGAAGCAGUGAGAAAACAUAGUCUGCAAUAUCACCAAUAA